GAUGCACAGGGUGUUUUGCUGAAGCGUUUGUUUUCAAGGAGUUGGGAAUCCCAUUCCGAGCUCUUGGCAUUUCAGAGAUGAACCCAGCUUACCAGAACUUUUGCAAAGAGAACCACAUGUUUGAGCACUUGCACGCGACGAUGGAGGAGCAGAGUUGUGCUGCACCUUGCCUCUUGCACAAUGGUGUGGAUCAUUGUAGCCCUGCCGUGGGGGCUGAUGGUGAGUUUCAGAGCCCUGCCUUUGCAUGCUUUGGGACUCCAUGUCCCCCCUUUUCCCCUCAGAGGCCAAAGCGGUUUCAUAAGGGAUCAGUCCAAGAGCACCAUGCCUACAUGACAACGUUUCAAGGAGCAGUCAGUUUCAUGAAACGCUUUGAACCGAAGACGGCAAUCAUGGAACAAGUCGAAGGCUUUGACCAGAGGUUCAGUUCGGACGAACCUGAAACCCCAAAGACGAGGUUUGUUUCCCUUCUGGCGCAAACAGAGUGGAAGAACGGUGGCUAUUUGAUCUUGACCUUCAAGAUGGCAGCCGAUGAUUGGAUGAGCAUUAGCCGCCGCAGCUUGUUGCAACAACAAGUGCUGUUCCAUGCCGCUCAACAGGCAAAGCGCGAAGAUUUGGAGGCUGAAGAUGUGCCAAGAGGAGACAGUGUGAACCCAGCUAAAAACAUCUUGUUUCAAGGAAGACACUGUAUCAUGUCUAGAUCUGUCUCCCAAGCGACUUCUGGAACUGACCGUAUUGUUGCUUCACUUGUCUUGCAAGCAGUGGGUGGGCUGUGGUGCUCUUUUUUGAGUUUCAUCCAGCAGUUGAUUCGCAGUGGACAGUGGAAGGGCCUGCUGUUUAGCGUCGCCCGUCGUUAUGAUGAGACGCCGCUGCGCUCGCGAGUCAAUUCAAAAUCCGAAACACAGCAAGAUUCGCAAGAUGCGACAUCUGGUCAAUCAGGUCUUGACCCUUCUGUUGCCAAAGUGCCGAAGGCAGCAAAGAUAAUGCAAAGCGAGUUCUUUAUUCAUGCAGUGCUGCAGCAUGUCCAAAGUGGACGCCCGGUGCACCUGAAAGGCAAAGUGCCUACUUUUCUGCAGUGCCUUCAAACAACAAAAGCCCAGCAAAUUUCCCAGUGCCAGCAGGCAGUCAUGUCCGAGGUGCCAAACUUGAGGUCUACAGCUGAUUGUUUCUUGAUGCGGCAAAUGUUUGUAACAACUGACAGGUUUGGAGCUAACUUGUCUGCAGAGAAAGAUUUGCAAUCAAAAUUUGCAGGUGAGACUUCACACAAACCCUUUGGGUGGACCCAGUCCUCUUGCGUGGUCCACAUGGUGUCGUCAUGCGAGAAAGCCAUGUCGGAUGUACUUGGCGGGCAUACUGGCGGAAUGAUCUCCGUUGGAUUGGCCAUGUGGACGGUCGGGGCCACAAAGGAGUUGAGAAAAUGCUUGAUGUCUGUUUUCGAAGAGGAAUUGCCAAUUCGUGUUGGAGAAGCGCGUGGCCAUCAACAUCGCCGAGCAUUAUAUGACUUGUUUCUUCCUUUAGACGACAGCACAUGUACAGAGAUCAAUAACCCUGAAAAGAAGAAGAGGCGGAAGUAUUCCCAAAGGGAUACUGCCAGAAGGCGGGCAAUCAUUUCCCAUUAUUUGAAUGGCGACGUGGGUCCAGACAGCCUUGGCAUCAUCCAUUGGAGCAAAGACCCUCUGUCAAGGGAGGAUUUGCUCCAGGAAAUUGAACUUCUUUUGGUUCCAGCUUUGAUUCCGGGGCCAUGCCCGGUUUUGAAUCGAGGCAAAUGGCUGGGCUGCGAAAAGACUUUUCGUUGGAUCGGGCUGCUCCUUAGCCACUUUGACCUACUGCCAAAGAUUUUCAAACGGUGGAAAGGCAAUAAUCCAGCAUCCGGUGCCACUGCUGCUCCCUCAUCCCUGGAUGGGGCUGAAGUUGGGCCACAAUGGGGUGGCUGGCUGAGGGUUGCCCAAAUCGCUGCUGACAGCGCUGCUGAGACCAAGCCGCAACGGCUGGAAUCACCUCAAGCCGCGGGCCUUGAUGCUGAAGAAGAUGAUGCACAUGAGUUUUUGGCAGCGCCGGCCCUUGACCCUGUGACUGGAGACAUUGACUGGGCUGAGCAAAACCGCGCAAACAUUGCCAAAGCAUACGCAUGGCUUGAAUGGGAGAUGGAGCAGGAGUACAAGCAAAGCCAAGGCAAGAACUGCUUUCAUGAGGUGCUUGAUGUUCCGAGUCUUAUGCAGGGCCGGGGCGGCAGUGCAACAACUGUUGACUGUUGGCCACAGAGCCGCGCCGUUUCCACUAUUUGGUGCUCUUUGGGGAAUGCUGACAUCUCUGGACGAACUUCCGCCUUGCCAAAGGGACGAAUUGAUUACACUUUUCAAGGAGACUUUCCCAGGAGGCAGCGCAAGAAGAGUCGGCGCCAGCGGCAAGGAGCAAGUCUGGGAGGGCCUUGGCGGGCUUUCCUGCACCACCGCUACGGCGGCCAGUUUUUGACAAAGAGACUUUUGCAGCAGGCUUCUGGCGAAUAUUCCGCAAUCAAGCUCGCAGCUGGUGAUGAUUGGAAAUACUACAAAGAGAUGGGCUUGAUGGCGACGCUUGCAGGCCGGGCCGGCCACAAAGUGUUGAAGCAAGAGAAGCCUGGGCCUGGUUACGUGUCUCCAGGAUUGCAAAAGCUCAGGGACGCAAAAAGCAACGCCUUGUCAAUCCCGGGCGGAAUCAAGUGCUUGGAGAGCCAGCUUGCUGAACUCAAUGAACGUUGCAAGAAAGAGAAUGCUGCUGCUCAGGAGCAAGAAUCCCGCAACCUUGCCCACUUACAGCUUGCUUCAGCGGAAUCUCACACAGCUUUGGCUACUGAGUUGGGCCUCGAAACUUCUGGCCAUCCUUUUGCAUGGUCCGACACUUGUGACCCGCGCAUGAAGACUUGCUUUCAAGCUUGCCCUGGUGCUGGUCACCUCCCAACUGCUUUGACCUACUUUGCGCCAGCUGACCUCGUAGCGUUGGAAGCUUGCAAGCACACCGGCUUUGAAUAUCGCGGCCAUGGUUUUGGAUUGGCAAAUUCUUUGAAGGAAACCUGGGCGGAGAAGCACUCAUUGCAGCCAUAUUUGUUUCUGAAGCGAGAAAAAGAUGAACAUGGAAAGAAGAAGAAAAAACAAUACAGCGCUGCCAGGCGUGCAAUGGUGAAGGGCUUCAUCUUGCUCAAACUAGAACCGAAACAACCUGAGACACAAGCAGCAGAGCAUUCGACAGAUGGCGUGCCCAUGCAGCCAGAGGUGCUACCCUUGACUUCAAAUUUGUCUGGAUGGCAUCAGUUGGCCAUUGAUUUAGCCCCUCCCCCUCUUGAAAUUCAACCUGACAAAAGAAAUUCCGCAGAACUUCCCGACACUCUCUGGUAUCACAUCGGAUAUGUCAACUACAAGACCAUGCAUUUCUCUGGUUUGCCGCUGACAUGUAUCAAGGUGAUGAACCAUGGCAGAGGCCCACCGCACAACAUUGAGGCCCACUUGGAAGCGAAAGACCCAGUGGUCUUUUUUCGUUCGUUUGAAUUCUUGAAGGAGCGUGUUUCGUUUUCCCACGCUUAUGUGGCUUCUUUCUGGCUGCUGGACUCUUCCAAUGUGCUCCUCCCGCAGAGCAAAAUGAUGCCCAAACAUGUCGUGGCCUUUCCAUAUUCCAAGAUGGAGCCGUUCAAUGUCUGGAAAGGAACUGUGCAAGAAGCAAAGGACCGAAAGGAUUUGGAGGAGAAGAAAAAAAACAAACCUGGAGGGCGGCGGAGAAAAUACAAACCUGGCAAAGGUGAAAGCAUCACUCGUUACUUUGGAGCUGCCAAGAGAAGAAAAAGACAGCAGAGUGAUGCUUUGGCAGUGGCAGGCCAAAAGGAAGGUCAGCCGGAGCUUGAUCUUGAUGAUGAGCCAGUGGAUGAUGCAGAAGAACAAGAUGAUGAAUUUCCCCCUGCUGAUCCCAACAAUGAGGAGUUAGAGUUGGAGAGCACCGACCACAGCUCUGACUCUGACCUUGAGGGCGAGGCGGAUGAAGGCAACCCUUAUGCUGACCUUGAGGGUGCUGUGUUGCAUGAUGUCGCCCCAGAGGGGCAUGAGGUUGCUGAUUUUUGGGGUGAAGAAGGUGGAGAGGAAGAAGACCCUUCCCACUUCGACCCAGAUCCAGACAUUGAUGCGCUUCCAGAUCCACCGCCGCCUCAAGCGACACCAGCAGAAUCAGGUCUCGAUCCUGCGGACCCACUUGCUGGGCCCAUGAGCUCACGGGGGCCUGAACCUGGACCAACCCGUGAACAUGGUGCAUUCCGAGACAUGAACCCGGAUAUGAUUACUAUUCCUUCCCAUGGCUUUCUCAAAUUCUAUCGUGAAGGCCGAAUCACGGCACAUUGCACAGUGCACUCUGACCACAACAAGGAUUGUCGUCGGAGCCGAACAAUCAGGGAAUCUGCCAUGGAUGGCCGAGAUGGCCAAGGACGGCCCAUAGGGCUCCUGGUGGCAUGGUUGAAAGAUCCAAAUUGCCAUGGCAAAGUGGCACGCACCCAUGUGCAUUCUUUGAAGGAUCGCUUGGAGGCGCGGUCUUUCUUCAAUUCUCUACCUGGCAGCUCUGAGUUUAGCCAACAUGAGCGGGAGCGCGGUCGCUGGGAAAGUGAGGAGCCUUUCACGAUCUAUCUGGUGCUUCUCCGGAAGGAUUGCUUCAACAAGGAGUACUGCAGUAUCUUGAAAACUUUGGUGGUGGAGGCACACUUCGCCCUGAGACCUGUUGCCUGCAUUGGUGGCUUUAUGCGCGGCGAGCCCCGCAUCUUCUUGCCGGCAUUGGCUCCAUUGGUGGCAUUUGGCUAUUUUGAGGAUUUUGCAAAGCUGCAGAGGGAGAGACCGCGCGUUCCUGUGGAAAAUGUUUUCCUAGACGAACAGCACGAAAUUUUCCGAGAGCACAUGGAGCUGGACAAGGUGGAAGGCAAGCAGGCUUCAGCUGAGGAGACUCUGGCGGACGACGGGAAACAAUGGUGCAAACAGAUUGUCUCAUGGCGGGACGAGCUUGGAUUAUCUCGAAAGAGUACAAUCGUAGAUGUAUCGCAGAAUCCAUGCAGAGCGCUCUCGAACCACCAGAUCCGAUCUCUGGCUGGGGAAGGCAUGUUUUUGCCAAGCCUAGGGAUGUUGGUUUGGGCCCUCCUUGUGACCGGGGCCUUUAUGACUGAGACAGAUCGUGAUGAUGAGUGGGAAGUUGCUGAUGCAGGGGGUGCUGUGAAGCAUAGCAGAGCAAACCAGGCAAGUGGUUGCAUGCGCGUCGAUUCGGAAAGGAUGAUGAUGGAAAGAAAAGGCAAAGGACCCGAGACUCUGAUGCUUCUUCCACGAGAACAGCCCGAUCGGGCAGAGACUGUGAGCGUUGCCCCGUCUUCUCGUGCUACUCUUCUGACCGCAGAGCGUAAGAAGGCGAAGCAGGUGAAUGUCAAGUGGCAGCCUUGCCCUAUUUGCUUGAAAGGGCCUGACGUGCCAGAGGGACAGUGGUAUGAAUACAAUGCCAAAAAGGAGCCCAUUGGGGCUGGAUGCAAGGUACAUGUGUUGACCAUCAUGUUCGGGUACCCAGAUCGGGACAUCGAGUCUGUGGCCCGAGACUACCACUCAAAGACGGAUCGCACCACAAAGCUGGAGGUCAAUGCAGCCAGUAUUGUCAUGUCCAAGCUCAUGCCAUCCCUACCGAAUGUCCUUCCAGAGGCAAGCGUGAAUGUGACCAAGAGCUUCCGAACCGAGAGCUACUACAAGUGCGCUUUUCUUUCCGAGGCCGAUGUAGCACGCAUCUAUUCAGUCUCAGCUAAGUCAUUGAAGUUGAAGUCAACUGUGCUGCAGCUUGAAGACGGCACGGGGACGCUCACAGGCUUCUACGUUGGGCUGUGGGGGAUGCCCGAUCACAUUCGAGCAGCAGUGCGGAAAGUGAAGAUUUCCAGUAUGAUUUGCGUUGAGCACCAAGAUUUCCUACUCUCUCCCAGUGUGCAGUGCCGAGCAGAGCAAGCGGCGGCCACCUUGCAAGUGGCCCUGCAGAACCAGGUUGCAGCACGGCCAACUGCUGAAUGCUGCAGUGGGCGGCAUGGUUUGCAUUCCCAUGAGGCCUUGAUGGAGAAGGGAGCAGCGAUCUUGGAGGAGCGUGAGACGGCAGAGCUUGAGCUGUGCCAAGCAGAGCGAGAGAAAGAAGAGGACGACGAGGAUGCUCUUGGUGACGAUGAUGAAGAGGCAGCCAACAGAAGCGAUGCCGAGUCUGUGACGCUUUGCGCGCCACCCACAGUCAAAUUCAACAUAGGCAAUUUGGCUGGGUCUGGUUUGGGCAGUGCUGCAGCCAAAAAGAAGCAGCCAAAAUCAAAGAAGGCCGCCAAGGCAGCAGAGGGAGGUGACAGCGAGUUGAUGGACACAGGGGACGGGGAAACUAUGAGUGAGGAAGAUUUCCUGAACAUGAUUGAGUCCUGGAAGGAUGUCAAGAUGAAACAGAUCUUCAAGGAGCUGGACAACCAGCCCCAUGCCUGUCUCCAGGCCUUGUUCCCGGACGUUGUCUUGAUCCAGAAGAUGAAGGUUGGCCACCAGAUCAAGGGCGCACGGAGUCUGGUAAAGAAGCUCCAAGCUGCCAGAUCUCCAGCUGCUGAUGUUCUGGACCAGAGAAUCUCUUUGAUUGAGAGGUGUCAGGUUUUGGGCUUCAAGAAAGUCAAGCAGCUGGCACGCAGCGAUUUGAUUGCUCAUGUCACCUGCAUCGAGAACAGCAAGCUGCUGAAGCUGCCGUUUCGCCUGCGGCUUGACAUUCUGGAGCGCCUCUGUGAUGAGACAGUCCUUGACUACCUUCAGGUUGAUCCUGCGGGAAAAGUGGACCCUGCAGAGAUUCUUGGUGAGCUUUGCGGUCGCUUCCGCUUUUGGCAGCAUGAGGAUGAUGAAGCUGUGAGCGAGCUGAAGCUCUCAAUUGCGCAGAUCCUCAUCAGAGAGGAAGGGCGGCUCCAAUGUUUGGGCAAGACUGGAGAGCUUAGUGACAGCGAGAUGAAGGAGGCGAUUCAGCACAGCCAGCAGGCUGCAGCAGAGUGCCUGAUGGCUUCCUUUGGCAACCCGGCUCUAUUGCAGACUAUCCAGGACGGCAACAAGAAGCGCAGCAAGCUUGUGGCCAUUUUGGAAGGCUUUGCCAAGCUUUGCCUGGAUUGGGACAAGGUUCUUGAGGAUCCUGACUCGGACUAUGAUUCAGAAUCGUUUUGGGUCCCAGCGAUGGAUUACAUCAAGCUGUGCACAAGGGGGUUGUUGUCCCUCUUGUCUGUUGUGCCAGGCCACUUGGGCUGCAACAUUUCCGAUUGCAACGAUCUUCGGAAAUACACAGGAUCAAAUCUGUUCGUCACCACCACCAGGGACGCGAUUCUUCAGUCAGAUUUUUGGACCCGCCUGUAUGAUGAUUUGGUGAGCAGAGGCACUGCCAGCAUGAAGCUAGCCCCGGAGCUGGCUUCUUUGACAGAGCGUCUCCAGGCAAGCAAAGUCGAUGAGAAGGCCCUUGCUCAAGCUGUGGCAAGAAUCCCGGAGUUGAAAAAGCAAAUGCGUGCAGGUGCAUGCAGUGACAUCGACAAGCUGAUGUACAAGAAGCUGGUCCUCCUGGCCAAGGGAGUCCUCAACAAGGAGGAGACUGACGUGACAAUGUGCUUGCUUGAGAGCUUGAUUUCUGGCCUCGCCAUGUACAAAAGCACGGAGGGGGUCUUGCAAUUGCUGCAGAAGCUUGAGCAAUACCAGAAGAAGGAAUGCAAGGCGCUUGCAGCUUGCGAGAUCAGAUUUCGCAUUGAGGAGUAUCCUGCCAGCGUUGAGGCUGACAUGCCGGAGGGGGGCUUUGCUAAGCUUUUGUCCAAGCUUGCAGAGGUUUGUGACCAGUUGGACACGCUGACUCCCAGCAUCUUGGCCAAGUUGAAACUGGUGUGCUGGUGGCAUUUCCGUGAGCUGCAUGGAAAAGCAGAGGAGCCUGCUGACCACACCUUCCAGUGCCGGCCCUAUGUCUCCAAGCUCAAAGAUGUUCUGCGCAGGUUUACUGCGGAGCCUGAUGGAAAAGAACCAGUGGAAAAUGGCCCUGAAACCUUCGAUGCUGCCAAGCUUAGUUGGAUGAACUUGUCUUUGGAUGCCUUCUUGCUCAUGAAGGAUUUCCUGACAGCGGCCGAGGACUCCAAGUGCAAGCGCAGUGAGGGCUUGGAUGCUUUGUUGAAGGUAGCCAGGAUGUUGACUUCGUUGCUGGCCAAAAUCGAGACGUAUGAGGCUGAUCGUGUUCUCGGUGCGGGUCCUGACUCGGUGCCAAGUGUCCUGCAGUGGUCUUGGCUUGACAAAGGCCACAACAUGGUGAAGGAGUCGCUUGCCCUCACCGAUGGGGUUGAGAUGCGUUCUGCCAACUUGAAGGAGGAACUGCAGCAGUCGCUUUUGCACCUGCACUCAGUGACACAAAAGAUGCAUUUGUCGCAGUCUGGUGACUCUUGGAAGGCAGACCUCAACUCUGACUCAGGGCUCGAGGAAGUGAUCGCUGAAGCCCAGAAGGAUGAUUCGCUUAGUAUUCUUAAUGGUGGAGAUGUGGAUGGCGCACUUUCCAGAAUGGAGCAGGUUUUGCAGAAAGCCAAGCGGUUUGGGCAGCAACUCGACGGCCUCGAGCACCUGGAAAGGCGCUGUGACCUUUUCAACACUAUCGUGCCAGAGGCGCAUGAGGAGUUGAAGCUGGCCCGUGCGGUGAAAGUCGAGGGCUUGCUGUGCAUGGCCUUGGAAACCUCCUUGCAGAAAGGCGCCGCAGCGUCGACCCUCAGUUGGGCGAAGGACAUUGUCCGGUCGCAAUUGGGUGAUGUGACUGGUGGCAAAGUGAGUGAGGAUGAUAUCCAUCCGGCGCGGGAGAUGCCUCCUGGUCUAGAGAGUCUAGCU